UCUGUGCCGCUUGACAACUCGUUUUUUAUCUCCCAUUUCCCUCAAUUAAUUGUUAUCUUGCGUUCCCAUGAUCCAUAGCCGCUGUAUAUACUCGUUCCACUAGCAGCAUGUCGACCACACAAACACAGACUAUUUCGUAUCCACUCACCCAAUUCGGGAGUCACCCAGAUAAUAUCAGUGCAUUAAUCCCGUCUGAUAACACAAGUCUCCGGCAACAUGGCGACGGUCUCGUUCGUAAGAGCGCUCGAUUGCAACAAGUUCUCAUUAUUCUACAACUCUUUGUCGUCACUUUCACUGCUAGUAUCAUCAAUGGCCUGGUAAUCGUUGGUCUGCCAACCAUAACUGAGGACCUCCAGCUGCCGUCGUCCUUGGCCUUUUGGCCUGCCUCGGUCUCUGGCCUGGCGACGGCUUCGACGUUACUCUUGGCUGGUUCGGUUGCUGAUUCUAUAGGCCCACGAUGGGUCGAACUGGUCGGGUGCUUCAUGAGCGGCGCUCUUAUGAUUGGUCAGGGCGUAUCCCGGACGGGAGAAGAACUCGUUGCUAUGCGUGCAAUUCAGGGAGUAGGGGUGGCAUUGCAUCUGGCUUCUGCCGUAUCAAUCAUAACACAGACAUUUGCUCCCGGAAAGGGGAGGAACAUGGCGUUCUCCAUGCUGGGUCUAAGUCAGCCUGCAGGAUUUUCUGUUGGUCUCGUCCUUGGUGGUGUUCUCGUAGACUUGGCGGGUUGGCGGGUUGGCUGGUAUAUGUCAGGUGGGCUGACAUUGGUGUUUGGCGUGAUUGGUCUUUGGGCCUUGCCGAAGAGCCAAGAUACCCGGAGUGUUGCCCAGAUGCUCAGCGAUUUGCGUCACAAGAGUGACUGGAUUGGUGCUAUGCUGGCCUCCACAUUCAUGGCUCUGCUAUGUUAUUCGCUCGCUGUUAUCAGUGCUGAUGUUAAUCGCGUCAAGCAAGCCGAUUGUAUCGUCCUAUUGUGUUUGACUGCAGUGGCUUUACCAGCCUUCCUCACGUGGAUGCACCGACAGGUCCGCUUGGGUCAACCAGCACUCAUUCCCAACUCCCUCUGGAAGAACGCGACAUUUUCUAGCAUCUGCGCUGCUAUAGCUCUGUCAUUUGCCGUUAUAAACUCCAUGGAGCUGUUUGCCAGUCUUUUCUUCCAAGAAAUUCAGGAGCUCGAAGCGUUACAAGCAUCAAUUCGUAUUCUGCCAAGUCUAGUCGUAGGGAUCUUGACAAACCUUGUGGUUGGGGCUGUCGUGCACAAGGUUCCUGCGAUUUGGAUUGUCACAUUCACCUCGAUCUUAUGCGCUGGUUCGCCUCUUCUCAUGGCUGUUAUUCAACCAUACUGGCCUUAUUGGGGCAGCGCCUUCGUCGCUCAGCUGCUACAACCUGUCAGCGGCGAUGCUCUCUUCACUGUCGGACUGAUUAUUAUCACUGAAAACUUCUCCGAGGACACACAGGCACUAGCCGGUGCCGUUUUCAAUACAGCUGCACAAUUUGGAAGUGCUCUAGGCAUUGCUAUUCUGCAAGUCAUCUCAACAAUGGUGACCCAGGAGCAGAACACCAAGAAGAAGGAGGAAGCUCUGAUGGCUGGAUACAGAGCCAGUUUUUGGACAAUGUUUGGCUUCAUGCUGUUGUGUACAGUGAUCGGAUUGUUCGGGCUGAGGAGGGCAGGAAGAAUCGGGUUGAAGAGGGAUUAAAAGCCAUACUUUUUACGUAUUCGGGGCCGGGUUACCAAAGUUGGGAACCCACUUGCAUACAAGCUUAAAGCACGAGAACAUGAACUUUGCACAGUCCAUAUCUCAAAGAGGAAGGGUCUUGCCAUGGGGUUGAGACUGAUAUAUUUCAAGGACGCUGAUAGGAUGUCUCGAGAGGAAAUAAUCGAUGGACUGCCACAGUGGGGUGCUUAUAUUCUCUUGUUGUUUAGGAUACAUAUUCCUUUGAUAUUCCGUCGAUGCAAAAAUAGCGCAGUGGCAACAUUCGCUUAAAUCCAUAAGCGGUGUGCCUUUGUGAAAGACAACAAAGAACAAUUCUACGUUGUAUCACUUUCCGGAG